CCAUAAGAAAGUUUUUCAUAUAUACCUUAGGGUUAGGGCUUGGCAUUGGCAAUAACCUUAUCCAAUUAAGACCAUUGCCUCUCUUUCUAUAUGUUUUAGGGUUUUGCAUACAUUAAGGAGCAGACAAUGAGGAAGCGACAAGUAGUAGUGAGAAGGGAGGAGCCAGCAAGAAGCUCCACCACAAUAAGUAGUGUGAGAUAUGGGGAGUGCCAAAGGAAUCACGCCGCCAGUGUCGGAGGUUAUGUCGUAGACGGUUGCCGGGAAUUCAUGGCCAGCGGAGACGAAGGAACCAGCGCUGCCCUCACUUGUGCCGCCUGUGGCUGCCAUAGGAAUUUCCAUAGGAAGGAAAUUGAAACUGAGGUUGUCUCUGAGUGCUCUUCACCUCAUAAUUCUUCCAAUAGAACAUAGCUAUAUAUACAUAUAUAUAUAGUUUUGUUAAGUUUUAUUUCUACUCGAGUCUAUAUAAAUGGAAGGUUUUAAUUUGUAUUAUGUAUGUUCUUAGUGAAGGAAUUAAUGAUGUUUAAUGCUAGGUUUAUGUAUUCUAUUGAAGUGCAAGACCUCUAUAUGA